AUGUCCUAUCCCUACGACCGAUCGCGCAGACAGCACCGCGGCACCUUCACCUACUGGCUACCCUUGGUUUUCACUGUGACUGUUGCGACUGUUGGUAUUGCGGCUUGGAUAUGGAGUGAGCGAAAAGACGACGACGAGGACCAGCUUCCUCCUCCCCCUCCAGGACCUGGCUAUCCACCCCCAGGGGAGCCGUAUGGCAGGAACCCAGAUGGCAGCAUCCGAACGGGACCACCGUCCUAUAACGAUGGGCGCCCCGGCGAAGCUGCGUACGGACCUCCACAACCCUCACAACCACAAGGCUACUUUGCGCAGAUGUCUGGCGCGCUAGGUGGGGCGCUGCGCAGAACCCCUAGUCCUCAGCAAUUCAUCGAUGGUGCGAGCAGGAGCGUAGCGGCUGGAGUCGCGGCCGCGGGUGCCGUUGUUGGAAGUGCUUUGUCCUCGAUUAGAGAGGAGGAUAAGAAUGCGUAUACGGAUCAUAAGACGUGGUCGGAGGAGGCAGAAGCACGGGCUCCUGGCGCAAGUCCCGGCCCGCCUUCACAGGGCAUUGAGAUGCGAUCUGCGAGCGAGGAGGGUCCAUCUACUGCACGAGUGCCGGUAACUACUGGACGACGGAAGACGGUGGCUAUUGUUGUGUCUGCUGACACAAAUGAUGAUGGCGUGUUGGAUGAGGAGGACACUUUCCAUGAGCAUGCUUCCAUUCUAUCCCAUCUCCCUCGCAACACCGACUUCUCGAAGAUACGUCUAUUCGUCCUCAUCUACGCACCCGGAUUAAAGGAGCAUCCACUUGACUCCGCGGCCAAUCGCCCACCGGGAUCUCUCAGCUCCUCAUUCUCCAACAUUGGUCAUGAUCAAGCACAAACCCCUACCGACGAGAAACCACCAUUCUCCUCGUCUAAUUCUCCAGCAUUCAAUGCCAUCUACUCUGAAGCUCUUGCCCUCGUCGAAAAAGAUACCAUGGUUCUCCCCUUUACCACCUCCUCAGGACACAUCCACAUACUACGCCACCUCAACCCCGAAAUCGUAUACCUCCAAGAGUCACUCGCAGGUUCCAACGGCGAACUCAUCACACAUCUCCAAAGCUGGCUACGCCAAGACGUUGUUCUGGUCGUCGGGGCUGAAGGAGGCGGUGGGUUGGCAGAUAGCGAGUCGGAGGCUGAACAGCCGUCGAAGGAGAACCAAUGGUGGAGGAGUGAGGAGAGAGUUGGACUUGGACGCGGGGUGGUUGUGGUUGAAGGGUUGAGGGUCGGUGAUGACUGGGCUAGGAGAGUGGAAAACAAGGAAUGA